UAUACCUGUCAUUCCAAAGAUGACAAUAAAGAAAAUGGAUUAAUGUAGAAGUGUGAUGGCACACUCCUGUAUGUUUACAGUAAACACUCAGCUAAGAUGCCCUCAUCAACACUGAUGACACACCGGACAAACACGCAGUAUGCUCCGCCGACUGACACAACACACUUCACUAAUCGCGCCAUCCAAAGAAAGAUCUUCAAUUGAACUGUGUGGACCUUUUCCUCUUUGGAGAUGCAUAAACGUUUGAUCCAAGUAAGCGGCUUCCUGAUUUCCACACUGGGCUGGCUCUUUGUGCUGUGCACCAUGGCCAUGGACUUCUGGAGGAUCACCCAAAUCGGAGGCCAGGGCGGCUCGUUCAUCAUCAAGGUGGCCUGGUACUGGUCCAAUCUGUGGAAGGACUGCUUCACCGACUCCACGGCCGUCACCAACUGCAGAGAUUUCCCUGUUCUCUGGAGUGUCACGCCAUUUGUCCAGGGGGUGCGAGGCUUGCUGAUGUGCGGGCUGACUCUGGGCUUCUUCGCCGCCAUCUUGUGCUUCCUGGGCAUGGAGUGCACCUACCUCGGCGGAGACGAGCAGAGUAAAGACAAGAUGCUUUUCGCUGGCGCAGUCUUUCACUUUGUGGGUGGAGUGUCUGAUAUUGCGGCCUACUGCUUAUACAUCAACCGGGUUGCCAGGAACACCUUUGCUGUCAACUUAGCACCUGGACUCUUACGGUACGACUUAGGCCCUCCCAUAUUUCUCGGAUUGGUUGGAAGUUUUUUCAUCAUUUUAGGAGCUCUCUUUUAUGCAGCCACAGUGUUCAGAGUACUCAUACCCAAAAGUCAAGUGAUCUAUGCCUACGGAGGAGGCACAUACAUGGAUCCUCGCUUGCGAGGAAGAAGCAUGUACACCGGAGGCUACUACAGACCCAACAGACUGUACGGAACUUACUACGGCUCAGGAAGAUCCGGCAGCUCCAAAAUAUCCAAACUCUCUGCGACAACACCAGAGAGGUUUUCUGAAAGGGACGCAUUUGUCUAGUGUCGGUAAAUGGUUUCCUCGCAAGUGCUUUGUGUAUGAAGGAGUGAUAAGGCCACGGUGAAAGACAAGUUGUAUGUUGUGGGGGUGCGGGGGGUUGUCAUGUCAGGACAAAAAAAAAAUAUCUACAAAGAAACAAAAUAUUUUAUUGAAUGAAAUAGAAAUUCCCAUCCAAACAUGAAUGCAACAUUGUAAAUUUAAUCAAGGAAAGAAUUUUAAACAACUAUUGCAAAUUUGUUACAAGAACAACACUAACAACACUUUUGGUUGACUGGUCAACGUCCACAAAUUGCAUGAACUGGAAGAUCAUAAUAUAUUUUUCCCCAAAAAUGACUUAAAGUACCUGUACAUAUUUUUAUGAUCAUAUGUUUUCCCCUCAAACUGUUUUUAACCCUUUUCAGGGACAGCGGUUACUACAGUGGACAGCUUAUCAUGUUAUCAGGUUACAGGGUGCACGAAAAGGUUCAUGUCAAUUGCGCCUUUUAUUCUCAUGAUUUCGACUUUAUUAUUGGAACUGGUGUAACACUUUUGUUGAUCCAAACAUAUAAUUCAAUACAUGAUAUACACAACAAUUUGUUUCAUCUCUUCAUUACAGCCUUGUGAACUUCAAUCAAGACAUGUUUUUUUUCCUCUUAAAAUCGAGACCUAAUUCUUAUCUAUGUUCGGAUUUUUCCCUCAGCUCAGAGAUGUACAACUUUUCUCAUAAUUUAAUUUUUUUUUCCUCACGAAGUUAGAACUUUCUCACAAUUUGACAUCAUUGUAAAAACUAAAAUAACAAUGCAAUGUUUUUUGUGAUUGUUUUUUUUUUCUUUACUUUAGAUGUAUACAUUUAACAUUUUUAACAAGGUGAUUUUCAGAGCGCCACGACUUCUCAGAGACCACACCCUUUUCUGUUGGGAA